GGAAAAAAGUCUAUACAUGUUCAAUACAGAUGCAAAUUUUUAAAAAAUAUUUCUGAUCACAGAUGCAGAACCCAUGGGUACAGAGGGUGGACUGCACUCACAGUGUCCUCCUUAUGAGGCCAAGUGAGAGAAGCCAAUGCCACAGUGAAGGUAGAGAGCAAAGGAAAGGUGACAAACAGAGGUUGGAGAGAUGAAGAGCCACAAACCACAGAGUGCACGUGGCUCUAGAAGUUGGAAAGGCAAGGAAACAGGUUAUCUCCUGAAACCGCUGGAAAGACCAGCCCUGUGGACACAUGGAUUUGAGCCCCUUUAGACUAAUUGCAGACUUCUGACCUCCAGAACUGUAAGAUAGUAAGUCUGUAUUGUUUUAAGCCACCAAGUUUAUGGCGGUGUAACUUGUUACAACACCAACAGGAAACUAAUACAGAUUUUGAAGACUGCUUACUUCACAGUCUUCCUUCGGUGCCCAGAACCCCUCGCCCCUAGUUCUCCUCUCUCCCUUGGUGAUCCCAGGGUCACUCCAGCUCUCUUUUCUCUAUCUGGACCCACUCCCUGAGGGAGUCCUCCAGCAUCAUGCCUUUAAAUGCCAUCGAAGGCUGGCAACUCCCAAAUUCAUGUCUUCUGCCAGAACCUCUCACCAGAAAUCCAGACUCCUGUCUGGCACCCAACAUCUCUGCACAGUUUCUAACAGCACCUCAGACACAGCCUUUCCAGACCUGAACGCUUGAGCUCCCACCCAGCCUUGCUCCCACCCUGGAACCUGCCCCCCUCCCCCAUUGUAGUAAAUGGCAACUCACCGUCCAUUUACUCAGGCCAGGAAAAUCCAGUCACCCUUAACCCUCUCAGUCCCUAAUACCCACAUCCUCUACCUUGCAAUCCACUCAACAUCGGACCUUUUCUGCUCCCUCCACCUGCCCUCCCUCCCUCAGCCCAUGCCUCCAUGAUCUUGCAGUUGCCAACCCCCUGCUCUCUUGGUUUCUGACCUUAGCCCCCUAUCAGCUGUUGACUGCUGUCUACCAAACCACCCUUAACUUAGUGGCUUGAAACAGCAACCAUUUUAUUGCAUGUGAUUCUGUGGAGCAGGAAUUUGGGAAUGCAAGGUCAGGUGAGUUUUUGAAAGAGGAGGAAACUGAGUCACAAAGCAUACCAGGCUUGUGGUGGGACCACUGGACUGGUGCUCCCUUUGGUAUGGUCUCCUGGGACAGUGAAGUCCCCUGAGAGUAGCCAGUGGGCGGGCUGCAUCUGUGCAUGUGACACUCUGCUGCCACCUCGUGGACAUAAGAUUACAUGCACCUCCUAGGACCUGGAUGGCGCUGGCUAGUGUGGGGCUUGGCACAGAACUGGGACCUGACCCCCAAGAUGCAUGGGGGUCCCAUAGGUGCUCCUACCACUGGGACCCUUGGGCCUCAUCUCAAGGACCAAGCCCACUCUAGUUGUGGGAAGGGCUCAGAAAAUGGGGAAAAGAGGAAUCCCAGUUACCUUUAAGGGGCUUAGAAGCGGAAUUUUGGCCUAGCCAGGGGCCUAGGUGCUGAAAUGUGGUUCCAGAUUCUCCCUGGACUUGCCGUCAUGGGCACGUGCUUCAUCAUCCCCGGAGUGGCCACUGUGUGCAUUCACAGGCUCACUAACGGUGGCAAGGAAAAAAGAGUUGCCCAUUUUGUAUGUCGUUGGAGUUUGAUGGGAAGAAAUAGGCUCAUCUCUGGAGUUAAUCAUUACUACCUGUCAGAGGGUUUGGAGAACAUUGAUUAAAGCAGCAUUUUCUUGAUUGAUAAAAAAAUUACUCAGUAAUGGUCAUCUACUCCUGCUAGAAAGUUAUACAGUAUAUUAUGUAGUAUGCAGUGUGUUAUAUAGUACUUAAUAAAAAUAAAAUGGCAAAGAAAAAAAAGAAAAAGGAGAAAAGAAGGAAUAAGAUACACUGGUGUCUCCUGGGGCCUGGCACUGAGGGCUCCUCACCCCUAGCCAUCCCCCAGUUCAGAGGGUAGAGCCCUCCCAGACCCUGCCUGGACCACAGCAACAGCCUCCUUCCUGACUGGCCUCACCAUUCCCACUCGCAGCUGGAGAGGCCUUCAAAAGGGUCAGUCUGGGGACCUGACUCUGUGUCCCUGAAUAAAGCCCAGUCCUCACUGGGCCACAAGGACACACCUGAGCUUGACCUCUUGUGGUCCUCUCACAAGCCCACGGGCUAUGCCGUCCCCUCUUCCUGCAGCCCUGAGUCUGGAGGCAGGCCUGACCCCCAGCAGUGCCCCUCGCUCAGGUUCUGGAGGCCUCAGGUGGGGGGAAAUCACCCGCUAACCCUCACUCCAGUGGGUCUCAAGGUGAUAGGGUUGGGGGGGACCUCCAGCUCCCUGGCAAAGGGUGCUUGUGAAACCCAUGCCCAGCUGGCAGAGAAGGGGGCUGUCCUGGGUGGGUCUGGGGUCUCCCUUGCUCAUGCCAAGAGGCAGGAGUGGGCAUGGGCAGAGGGGGUAGAGGGACAGGGACAGCUCUGAGAGCCACUGGAGGCAGAGGGCAGGGGCAGGGACAGUGCCCAUUGCCACCUUGGUGCUAAGACUGGAGGGGAACAGGUGUGGGGCAGUGCCUCUGAUGGCACCUUUGUGAGAACCAGGAAGAGGUACUUUCUCUGGGGAUACAGGGCCCUUGGGGAGUUAGGGGGGUUGGACCUCAG